CCAUCACAGAUCUGCACGGAACUGAACGGUCACGUCCACUAUAUCAUCCACUCAAGCCAAAACUCACCCACUCUCUCUCUCUCUCUCUGAAAGAACGCAAGGUCUUGAGGUAUCCCAUGGCGCCCAAGAAACGAAGAGCCGAAGAGGUCAAGGCUGUAGCAAAGCCCUAUCUGACGUCAUCCCGCGUGACUCGGAGCUCCACCCGCCGAGCCACCGCUAACUCGUCUGCUGACUCGGUGGUCCCUCCGCCGGUCGAGUCUCAGAAGAAAAAGAGGAAAAAGGCCUCCGAGAAGACGAACGCUGCCCCCGAGGUGGCUGCGCCGGUGAAGGGGAAAGCGAAGCUGGUGGCAAGCGCUAACGCUGCUUCCAAGACCAUUGUGAUUGAGCACUGCAAACAGUGCAAUUCAUUCAAGACAAGGGCUCAUCAGGUGAAGAAUGGUUUAGAAAAUCAUGUUUCUGGUAUCACAGUGCUGCUCAACCCAGAUAAGCCAAGACGAGGAUGCUUUGAGAUACGAGAGGAAGGUGGCGAGAAAUUCAUCAGUCUUCUGGACAUGAAACGACCCUUUAAGAAGAUGAAAGAUCUUGACAUGGAAAAGGUCAUUUCUGAUAUUGUUGACAAGGUUAAAUGACAAGCCCGAUUACAUACCAUUGGAUUUCAGUUGCUUUUGGUCAUCAAACUUUCUUGCUGUGGUAUAUUUGUUGUAUUGCUUGAAGCAAAUGAAGUAGUGUUAAAAGUUUUUUGAUGAUAGAAACCUUCGGUGAGCAGCAGAAAUUUUAUUAGCACAGGAGAGUAGAGUACAGACAACUAGGCCAGAAAAGGGAUUUGGUUCAAAACUCGUCUUCCCCAAUAGUGAUUUUCAAGGUCUCUCUUUGCUUC